UCCCGCCCCCCUGCCUUGGUGCCAUGCAGCUGCCCCCCUUCGACAUGUGGAGGGACUACUUCAACCUGAGCCAGGUGGUCCUGGCGCUGAUCCAGAGUCGGAGGCCAAGGCUGGAGGCCCAAGGGAUUGGGGAACUGAGUCCCAGACCCCAGCUGGAGCGAGAUCAGGGGCUGGGAGGCCCGGGGGCCGGCGGGGGCCCGGCCACCCUGUGCAACUUCUGCAAGCACAACGGGGAGUCCCGGCACGUCUACUCCUCACACCAGCUGAAGACACCUGAGGGCGUGGUGGUGUGCCCCAUCCUGAGGCACUACGUGUGUCCCGUGUGCGGGGCCACGGGCGGCCAGGCCCACACGCUCAAGUACUGCCCGCUCAACGGUGGCCAGCAGUCCCUGUACCGCCGCAGCGGGCGCAACUCGGCCGGACGCAAGGUCAAGCGCUGAGGACCGUGAGGUGCUGGCCACCCACACACCUGCCCCUCCUGGCUCAGUCCCCGCCACGUCCCUAAACCCUCUCCUUGACUCACCCAGCCCUUUGCAAUUUCUGGCCCCCAGAGCUUCCAUCCUUGCUGGAUCCUGAGAUGGAGAAGGCUGCUGGGAGCCAGGCCCGCCCUGCCCCUUGGACCUCCCAGCCCUUGGAGUCUGGCCUGUGGGUGUCGUGCAUCCUUGAAGCCCUGCUCCUUUUGCCGCACAGCCCUGUGGCACCCUGAGGGCCACUGUUCAUGGAUCUCUAGUACUUCCCGGGUCUGCUGGGGACACUAGCACUGCUCCUUUGAUCUCUCCAUUCCUUGGAUCCUUGGACCUCUGGGACUCCACGGUGCAAGAAUCUGGAGCAAGGCUGGCUCAGACCUGCCUACAGAAGGACUUCAAGAUGGGAUGCCCACUUGAGAUUCUCCACCCUCUUCAGCCACCUGCAGACCCACAGUGUCAUCAGGGACCACCCUGGCUCCCUCUUCCCUGCCCUCAGCACCCCGACCGUCAGGAGCGGGGUGGGGGACACAGUGGAGGGUGCCGUGUCUUUGCAGGCUCAGCUGGGUUGGAGGCCUGGGGCUGAGCUGUGAGCUGACACCCUCCAACGCCCACUGCUGGUUCUUCCCACGGUUCAGCCCAUUGCACCCUGCUCCUGCCCCCACCCCAGAGCACCCAUGGGUCCCUUCCCCCAGCGAGAGGUGGACUCAUCUCUUCGUCACCUCCCGUCCCCCACUCCAAAUCAUGAUAGUUAGCUAAAGAUCGUUUGUUUUUUUCCUCCUGCGUUUUUUUAAUCCUCUAACAUUUAAGUUGAUGAAGCUCCCACAAGAAAGGGGUUUGAGUGCCCCAAGGGGCAGGGCAAUGGCCUAGAUUUU